UGAAACGCGGUGGUGCGGGGAGCUGCAGCAUGGAGGGGGUCACCGUCGGCCAGGUGUUUGACGCGGAGUGCAUCCUCAGCAAGCGGCCCAGGAAGGGAAAGUUCGAGUAUCUGGUGAAGUGGAGAGGAUGGUCCUCCAAGCACAACAGCUGGGAGCCCGAGGAGAACAUCCUGGACCCGCGGCUGCUGGCAGCGUUUCAUAAGAGGGAGCAGGAGCGGGAGCUUCUGUUUCAGAAGAAGGGAAAGCGGCCGAGAGGUCGACCACGAAAGAUUCAGCCGGUGCCAACCGUCACGAAGGACAACCGCUCCUCAUCCUCCUCUUCCUCCGGCCUGUUGUCAUCCGCCUCCUCUUCUUCCUCGGAGGAUGAAGAACACACAAAGAAGGUGAAGACUGGCCCUCGUGUCCACCCUGUUCCUCAGAAGAGGCCUCAGAUCAUGCUGGCCAAACCCGACCCCCCACGAAAGAAGAAGCGAGGGAGGAAGCCGCUGCACCCUGACCUGAGGGCUCUAAAGCAGGCGAAGAGCCACCCUCCUCCUCCUCCACCUGCUCCACGCCACCACCAGAUAUCCAGAGACGAGCCACGGCCUAGCGUGAAGAAGCCGCUGCAGCCGGCCAGCUUCACCUACACCGGCCUGAGCAGGGCCUCCAGGGACGAGGCCAGCUCCGCCUCCCAGACCUCCUCCACCUCCUUCUCCCAGGCCUCCAAACCCGGGUCACUCAGCUGCAUUUGGACCAAUCGCUCACUGUCAGGCUCCUCGCCAUCAUCUGGCUCCUCCUCCCACAACAGAGCCACUCCCUCCUCACAGAGUAAGAACUCUCUGUCAGAGCUGAAGCGCUCCAUCCCAGAGGCGGUCAGAGGAGACGGCUUUAAGGCGACGCCUCUGAAACAGGGCGGCACCUCGGGCUCGCUGGGAUUGCACAGCAGCUUCGGGGGAGGUUCAGCCGUCCGGCGCUCCCCGCUGGGCCAGAGGAGGCAGGAAGGUGCCGGCGGUCAGAGCACGUUGGUUACACACAAGCAGCUGAACUCGAGUCUGUCCAAACCGUCAUCAUCGGCAUCGCCGUUGCCUCGAGACCGAGCCAGCCAGGCACUGAGCCUCCGAGCACUCAACCUGCAAAGCGUCAGCAAACCACCAUCCAGUAUCGGCCUUCAGGGAAGCAACACGAGCGGCGCCGCAGUGGCGAGGGCGAGCCUGCGGAGCAGCGGCAGCAGUAUGGUUAUAAAAGGGGGAUCGGGGAGCACCAAAGAUACUCGCGCUGGAGCUACAGAGCAGGGCAGGGUAAAGGAGAAGCUGGCAGGAGGUGGCGCUGCUCGCGGGAACGGCGGUGGGCGGCAGGAUGAGCGCAAACUUGGGCUCGGUUCUCAGAACAGGAACCUGAACGAGCUCAGCACCGGCGACUCCGACGAGACCAGCAGCAGCGAGUCGGAGCCUGAAGACACCCUGUUUCCCAGCAGCAGCAGACCCAGCCUGGGCAACAAUGCCACCGACUCAGACACGGAGACGGACUGGAGGCCGGCACGGAGCCUCCUGGAGCACGUCUUCGUCACCGACGUCACAGCCAACUUCAUCACGGUGACGGUGAAGGAGUCGCCGACCAGUGUGGGGUUCUUCAGUUCUCGGAAUCACUGAGCCGGACAUUCAGCUCUCUUACUAAAACCACUCAGGGUUCCUACACCUCUCUGGAAAUCCAAACACUCAGUCAUUCCCAGCGCUGUCUCCGAGGCAAUCCUUCAGUUCCAGGAAAGAAAAACAUGGCGGACAGAUCAGAUCGAGCAGGAAACUCCUCACAAUCAGCAGUAGGAACCCUGAUGUUUAGACUCUGUUUACACCUGACACAAGGCUGCAGUCUGCCAGCGUUUAACUUGCGACCUCUCUGGGGUCAAAGGUCAGGCAGCAUUCACACCUUUUCAGAGAAUUUCUUCCUGUUAGAAACACCCAGAUGGAAAAUAUUUCAAAAGUUUAAUAAUCAUUAAUAUAAAAACUGACUCUGUCCUUCCCCUGGUAAGAUUUGAUGCACAACGACUGCCAAGGUGCCAAUGAACCUACCAGCUGUUUGCUGCCAUUAAACACCUGUGGUGGAGGGCGAUGGUGUCUCUCCCUGCAGGAUAGGCAUCCUAAGCUACCAGGCUUCUGAACAGGAAGCUGAGAUUGAAACUAAUCAGCUCGACUGAAAUUACUCAGCAUCUCGAACAUCAGGAGUCGCAGAUUAACGUCUGCGGGUCUGUACUGAGCAUGCUCCGGUCGAGCUGAUUAGUUCAUUUUCUACAUAUAAAUACUUGAUGACGCUGAUGGGUGACAGGAGUUAUUUAACACUCUCUGACCCAGCUCACCCUUCGCUGGUUGCAGCUCACCUUCAAACACAGAUACCUGCAGCUGUGUGUCAGGAAGGUGGACAGGUGUGAAAGUGGGUAGUGGCCCAGGUCACGUAGCUCUGACCAAAACAGUAUGGAAGAUGUGUCCAUACUAAAAAAAAAAAAAACUGCCAUCUGUGACUUGAAAUUUCAAGUUAAGUGUCUCAACAUUUUGAGUUAAUAACUUGAAAUUUUGAGUUAUUUUCUCUAGAUUUCAAGUUAGCUCUGCCAAUCAGGAAGCUCCGUGACAGUCAUUUCCUUGUUAACCAGAAGCAGGAGGCUGUUUUUUUUGCUAGAAAGCAUUCAAAGGUCAAAAAGCUGACGACAGUUUGUUCACAUUUGCUAGCAACAAGGAUGACCUCUUUCAUGGAGCUUCCUGAUUGGUAGAGCUAACUCGAAAUUGAGUUAUUUUCUCAAAAUUUUGAGUUAGUAACUUGAAAUUCCAAGAUACUUAACUAGAAAUUUCAAGUUAUGGAUUUUUUUUUUCCUUUUCCUUUUGUUUUGUUUUUUGUUUUUUUUAGUUUAACAAACAGGCUUCCAUUAACCAGGGGUUGAGGUCUGAACAAACCAAAUGUUCUCCUCUUGGGAACGUUUCUCUGACAGAUUAACCUGUGGUUCUCUUUCAGGAAGUUUAACUUUACUAAGGCGUCAUCGCUCCACUCAAAGCCGCUCGCAGUAUGGCGGCACAGAGCGACCCCAGCAGACUCGCUGUGGGACACGUUAGUGAUGCUGGCAGGUCAUCGGGCCAACCUUCACUGUUGUCUUCACAUGCAGUGGGUGAGAGGCUGAUUUUUAGAAAAGUGCACGUCAUCUCAGGUCAUUUUCAGACACCAGAACUUCCUGUUCUGGUGAAUUCUCUCAUGUGUUUUGGUGCUACACUCCUUCCAUCUGGGUGAACGUUCAGUAUAAAGUCAGAUUCUUUUAGAUUCUUGUUGGGGGGUUUGGUGUGAGCUCUCCUCAGCUUUGCAGACUGCAGCUUUGAUCAGUAACUAAACGGGGUUUGGACUCACAGAUGGAUGUAGACAGCACCUCUCCAGUGCCUCAGGUUACCUCCUCGCCGUGCAGCGUGAUUAGCUCCAGUAGGACAUUUGUGUUUGUUGGACAUACGUGGCUUCAUCCGGGGCAGCAUGUUUCCUCCAUCUGUCGUCUUUAAGUUCUCUUUGGACCAAAGGUGUUACGAAUGUGAACUGUCUCGUUCUCAGUGUGUUAUUGACAGUAUUUUUUGCACUACGCACAGUACAAGCUCAUGAGACAUCCCAUAAUCACUUCUAUAUACGUACAUAUAUAUAUUUACCAGUUUUGUACCAUUUGAAACCAUCGCUGUGUCUUUUGGAGGUGAAAUAUGUGUUAAUUUAUAUUUGUAAAUAUGGUUUUUCAUGUGAUAUCUAAUUAUCUAUCUGGUGCUCAUUUUGGCUUUUAGCUUCACACACCUGUAGCCUGUGCCUCUCUGCCAUUCAGAAGAAUCUGAAAUAAACCAGAAGCACCCGAAGCUUCC